GAUAGUUCAGCUGUUGGGGGUUUGGAAAAGCCUCAGUCAGUCAGUUCAGCUGCUAACACAGACUGAGAGCACAGGUUAAAUAUAGAGCAGACUCUCAGUCCUGACCAGGAACCAACAGACGCAGAGACAGAGGCUCAACAUCCUGUGGUGAAAAGAAGAACUGAUUUUAUUUCAGCUGGAAGAAAGAGUCAUCUCUGCUCUGACACUACCCCUCUCUCUCUCUCUCCUCAGUUUGAACUAUUACUCUCUCGCCCAGUGACUUUACAGACCAAACUUGGAGAGGACGAAGCUUCACACUGCUCUGAUACUGUGCCUCCAACUCUGACACAGAAGAAGAAGAAGAAGAAGAAGAAGAAGAAGAAGAAGAAGAAGAAGAAGAAGUGUAGGUUGGAUUUAAGAAGAAAGUUAAAGCUAAGGAGACAAAGAUAUUUAAGACAUGAUUAUAUAAACACAGUAAUGUUGUGAGUGCUGUCAGUGAACUCAUCACAGAGGACUGGAGCCAUUUUGGGACUGAACAGCUGUGACACCUUGGAAGAGACGAGACCAGGUUGAGGGGAAAAAAAGAUGCGAUCCAGGAACUGCACCAUGGAGGGUCCAGAUGACGGACACAUCCAGCCCACGAAAGGUUUCAUCAAACAGGAGGAGGAAAACACACCGGAGCUGACGAAGAGGAAGAUGAAGGUCCAGCGAGAGGACGGGAGGACGGGGUCGGCUGGGACACAGAAGAAACCUCAGAAACCUGCAGAGAGCAGGAAGGCGGCAACACUAGAGCUGUCAAAGAAGGACCUGCUUCACCUGCUGGGAGUCAUGGAAGGAGAAGUUCAGGCCAGAGAGGACAUCAUCAGCCUGCUGAAGUCUGAGAGAACCAGACCGGAGACUCUGGAGGCUCACUACGGUUCAGCCGUCCCCACCAAACCCCUGCAGGCGCUGCAGAGAGACGGACUGCUCACCCACAGCAGCAGCAGCACAGACGACGUGUACGAGAAGCCCAUGGCUGAGUUGGACCGACUGGAGGACAAACAGAAGGAGACGUACAGACGCAUGUUGGAGCAGCUGCUGCUGGCUGAGAAAUGUCACCGCCGCACCGUCGUGGAGCUGGACAACGAGAAACACAAGCACGCCGACUUCAUGAACAAGAGCGACGACUUCACCAACCUGCUGGAGCAGGAGAGGGAGAGACUCAAAAGGCUGCUGGAGCAGGAAAAGGCCUACCAGGCUCGUAAGGACAAGGAUCACAGCAGGAGGCUGGAAAAGGUCAGAGCGGAGCUAGUAAAGCUCAAGUCCUUUGCCCUGAUGUUGGUAGACGAGCGGCAGCUGCACAUCGAGCAGAUCGACCAGCAGAGCCAGAAGAUCCAGGACCUCACGCAGAAGCUGCAGGAAAAGGAGCAGCGACUGGCAGCUGUAACCGACGCCGCCAAGGAGGACGGUCAGAAGGUCCUGAAGCUGGAGGCCGAGCUGGAGCACAGAGCGGCCAAGUUCGCACAGGAGCACGAGGAGAUGACCGCAAAGCUGGCCGACCAAGAGUCACAAAGCCGACAGCUGAGGCUGAAGCUGGCGGGACUAGUGCGCAAGAUUGAGGAGCUGGAGGAGAGCAACAAAGUGCUGCAGAAAUCAGAGGAGGACCUGCAGGAGCUGAGGGAGAAGAUCAGCAAAGGGGAGUGUGGCAAUUCAUCUCUCAUGGCUGAGCUGGAGAAUCUGCGCAAGAGGGUGCUGGAGAUGGAGGGCAAGGACGAGGAGAUCACCAAAACAGAGACUCAGUGCAGGGAGCUGAGGAAGAGGCUGCAGGAUGAGGAGAACCACAGCAAGGAGCUGAGGCUGGAGGUGGAUAAACUGCAAAAGAGAAUGGUUGAACUGGAGAAGCUGGAGGGGGCUUUCAACAGGAGCAAAACAGAGUGCUCUCAGCUUCAUACGAACCUGGAAAAAGAGAAACGUGUUGUGAAGGAUCUGGCCGGUGAGCUGGAGACAGUGAAAACCCGACUGAAAGAACUCGAGUCGUCAGAGUCCAAGUUUGAAAAGGCAGAAAUGGUCCUCAAAGACGAUCUCGUGAAGCUGAAAUCCUUCACAGUCAUACUGGUAGAUGAAAGAAAAAACAUGGCAGAGAGACUUAAACAGGAAGAACAGAAGAGUGAUGAUUUGAGUAAGAUGUUUAAAGCAGAGCAAAGCAAGGUCACAGAGGUCACAGAGAAGCUGAUCGAGGAGAGCAAAAAACUCCUCAAAUUCAAAUCAGAGAUGGAGGUCAAAGUGACAACGCUCACUCAAGAGAAAGAUGAGUUAAAGACUAAACUUGCAAGUGAAGAGGAAAAGUGUAGGGAGCUAAAUAACAAACUAAGUGGUAUGAAAAUAAGAAUGGACGGACUCGAGGAGACAGAGAGGGAAAUGCAGAGGAAGUGGGCCAACAAGGACAGUAACAAAAAUCCAGAUGAAGACAACAAAGUAAAAGAGCUCACGCUAGAAAUCGAAAGACUUAAGAGCAGACUCAAACAACUGGAGGUGGUGGAGGGAGAUUUAAUGAAAACAGAGGAUGAGUAUGAUCUGCUCGAGAAGAAAUUCAGAACAGAGCAGGACAAAGCAAACACCCUCUCUAAGCUGUUGGAAGAAAUGAAAACUCAGAUCGCCAGAAACAAAGCAAUAGAGAAAGGCGAGGUCAUGAGUCCUGAGGCCGAGCUGAGGAUUCGCUGCAAGAUGGAGGAGGCUAAAACCAGAGAGCUGCAGGUGGACGUCCAGGCCCUGAAGGAGAAAAUCCACGAGCUGAUGAACAAGGAGGACCAGCUUUCUCAGCUGCAGGUGGAUUAUUCUGUCCUGCAGCAGAGAUUCAUGGAGGAGGAAGAGAAGAAGAAGAGCAUGAGUCAAGAAGUGGACAGCCUCACCAAGGAACUGGAAGCCACCAAGAGGUACAGUCGCGCUUUGAGGCCAAGUAUGAACGGUAGGAGGAUGGUGGAUGUCCCCGUUACCUCCACAGCAGUGCAGACAGAUGUGAUGGUCGGCGAGCCUGCUGAGGAUGAGACAACAGCCGGCUUCAUCCGACAAUCAGUCCUCGAGGAAAACCACUUAAUGAGCAACCUCAGACAACGGGGUCUUAAAAAGCCGACAGUUCUUGAACGAUAUCCUCCAGCAUCUUCAGAACUCGGAGCAAGAAAAUCCUGGGUGCCCUGGAUGAAAAAGAAAGAAGCAAUCAUACUCAGUCAGACCAGUCCUGAGAAGACCAACGGGGCGUCCUCGUUCCCACCGGAGAUGACCAUGUCCCAAAAACCAGGUCAGCCGCUUCACAUCCGAGUGACCCCAGAUCACGAGAACAGCACUGCCACCUUGGAGAUCACCAGCCCGCGAGCUGAGGACUUCUUCUCCAGCACCACCAUCAUCCCAACUCUCGGCCUUCAGAAACCUCGCAUCACCAUUGUCCCCAAACCCACAACUGUGACCUCAAAGAGCAAAGCCUGUGACGUGAUGGGAGGUCUCAAUCGGGCCAAAUCUCCCGUCACGAUAACCACAAUCUCCAGGGCCAAGAGUCCGGAGAAGACCAACGGCAGCAGCUCUGGCAGCGUUCAUUCUCCAGUGUCCAUCAUCACGGUCAGCACCACUCCUGUGGCUGAAGCCUGUGCUUCACCGGACCCUCACGAAAUCACGGGGGGCCGCACCGUGAUCAAAGUGACCCCAGAGAAGCAGCCCGGGCCUGCACCUGUCAGGAAGUACAACCCCAACAGCAACAUUAUCACAACAGAGGACAACAAGAUCCACAUCCACCUGGGUCCACAGUUUAAAAGGCCCUCUGAGAGAUGCAGUAGUCCACUGUUGACGCUCAGACCUCUCAGCAUGAGCUCAGAAAGCAAAGAAACAUCAACAGGAACAGUGCUCCGCUCGCCACGCCAACCCUCGACGGGCAAGACGACUCCGAGCAAAAUGACAAGCAGCAUAACAAUCACACCCAUCACCUCGGCAGCCUCCAGGCCGACACAAUCAGUGCCCAGUUCGGAUGUGCAGUCAGCUCGGAGCACGGCCACAAGGAUCCCUAUGUCAAAAGGUUCGCUGAUGGGCUCGGUAAACAGCCGACGCUGAGCCGUGACCCCUGACCUCUGAGGUCAUGAGAUGAAACCUGAAGGUGUCUGAUGGGAGAUUUUCUUCUUUUAUGAGACGACAUCAAUCCUGAGACACAAUUCCUUCCUCUGUAGAGCAACCGUACGACUGCUCUCACAGUUCGUCAACAAGACACGACGCAAACAAGGAGUGAAAUGAGAAGUAAUGUUAGCUGUUUGUUAUAACACUUUGAAUUGUCAAACAAAAGUAGAGCAGUGGCAGAAAGUAACUUCAUUCAUUGACUUUACUCCAAGCAAAUCAUGAUAACUGAAAGAUAUCAGAUCGAUUUUCACACGUGAAUCUGAAAAUAACAGAGUCAGAAAGAGAAUGAGAAAAUCUAAAUUUGUUAUAACUGCUCAACACACAGUCAGGAGGGAGGAAGUAAAGAAGCACAAAAGUUAAAGCUAUAAUACAUAAUACAGAGCUUCCAUGAGUUUUGUUUUUCCAGGUUCCAAGUUAACACAUAAUAGUUAAUAGAUAUACUGUGGGUCAUCUAUGCUACAUGACAGAAAAAGAGUCAGAGGUGGUUCAUUUCUUUUUUCUUUUUUCUUUUUUGAGUUAAAAAAAUAUCAGGAUUUAAAAUGAUUAAUAUAGAUUUUUGCCAUGGACCUAUUCAGAUUUGCCUUUCAGCUUGUGUUAUGUUUAAAGUUGUUUAAUCCUGGACAGACAGUUUGAGUGACAGCUGAUGUGGUUUUGAAAGCUGCUGAAUUACUCCAGUGCACUGAAAGUAGGAACAGUCAAUCAAUGACGUGUCAGUUUAAAGUAUAUUUGAUGGUGUGGGGAAUAUAAGAAUGAA